AUGCCUCACCGUGGUCUCCCCAAGCACGGCCAGGUUCUCACGGGUCACAUGGUGUUCCGGGAGCCAUCCAGGCUGGGCCACAGACCCCCGGCCUGCAUGAGCAGCUGCCCGCCCAGCCUCCGCCCAGCACCAAGCCCACCGCUCCGAAUGCAGGAAGUGGGAGGCCCGGUGGCUUCUGACUCCCACCCUUUAUCAGCCCACGCCGCUUCCUGCGGCCCGCGCAGCCUGCACCCGCGGCGUCGGGACACUAGCUCACCAGUGACUCAUCGAGAGCCUGCCCUGGGGACACCUGAGCCCACGCCCCCCGACACCUGCCCUCAGCCCAGCCCACAUCUGGCUGGCAGGGCCACCCACCGGCAUCUCCCCAUCUUUUAG